AUGUAUCCACACCGUGCCGAUCGCAUCUACAAACACUCGCCGGAGCACAGACAACUCCGUAUCAAAGAGGGCCAGAUCUUCAAAGUGGAGGGGGCAACUAUCCGUACAGUUCAUGGACUGGACCACUCGCACGGCCAUAUAUGCUUUGUUCUCGAGGGGAAAAAUGCCAUGUUCACGGGACACAAUAUCCUCGAGCACGGCACGACCGCCGUAGAACAGCUAAGUCUCUACAUGGAAACACCCCGAAGGCUGCAAUCUCAAGGGCGUAAGACAGGAUAUCCCGCCCACGGUGUCGUAAUUCCCGAUCUAAAUGGUAAAAUUACGACCGAGCUGACGCAGAACGCACGGCGUGAGAAUCAGUGUCUCAGAGGUCUGGUGGGGAUCCGGAAGAAGGGGUCGACGGGACCUCCGCGGGUAGACGAAGAGGUGCGGAAAAUGGUAUUAGAACCAUCAUGGAACAGGUGUCGAGGAAGCUGGCGGAAGAUGCUUGAGGAUUCCCCAACAGACUCGGGUCAUAUUCAAGACAUCUAUAGCAUCCCGAGGCCCGCUGUGAUUCUGUAA